CCUGCCUCCCGUGAACGUUCCUCUCAUCUCGCUGGAAGCUCGGAGAGAACAAGGUCUUAUUGGAGGGAAAUCUGCUUGGCAGCAGCAGAGAGCUGAAGGAAGCCAAUGCAAAUGAACCAAUACUGGAGCUUCCAAGAGGGUGUAUUUAACAGACUCCACUAAGGUCACAAACGGACAGCUUCACAGAGUUCCUGGAGCCCUUUGAGAGAGUGAUCCAGCCGGAGGAGCUGUGGCUCUAUAAGAACCCUCUGGUGGAAUCCGACCACAUCCCGAAGAGGGUGAUGUUUGCAAUUUCAUUCCUCACACCUUUGGCAGUCAUUUUUGUGGUGAAGAUUAUUCAGAGGACAGACAGAACAGAAAUCAAAGAGGCCUGUCUUGCAGUGUCUCUUGCACUGGCUUUGAAUGGAGUCUUCACUAACACAAUCAAGCUGAUAGUAGGCAGGCCCAGACCAGACUACUUCCACCGCUGUUUCCCUGAUGGACAGGAGAAUCCCAAGAUGCUGUGCACUGGACAGCCCGACUUGGUGGCCGAGGGGCGCAAGAGCUUUCCCAGUAGCCAUUCGUCAUUUGCGUUCUCUGGCCUUGGCUUCACCUCCUUCUACCUGGCGGGAAAGCUGCAGUGCUUCACGGACGUGGGUCGCGGGUGCAGCUGGCGCCUCUGUGCCAUGGUGCUGCCCCUCUACAGUGCCAUGAUGAUCGCACUGUCACGCACCUGCGACUACAAACACCACUGGCAAGAUGCCUUCGUGGGAGGAGUGAUUGGCCUGAUCUUUGCCUACAUCUGCUACAGGCAGCACUACCCGCCGUUCCUCCACAUAGACUGCCACCUGCCUUAUGCCAGCCUGGCUGCUGCCCACCCGGUGCCCGCUGCCCAGGAGGAGGCGCAGCCCACCGACAACGCCACCAGUCUGCCUCUGGAGGGCCUCACCGAGGGGCCCGUAUGACCGCCACGUAGCCUCCACUCCAGCCAAGGCCAAGAUCAACCUGUAGCGUCCAGCUCUGCAGUGUGACGACCGACACGCAGACAAACUGACUUGCUCUUCAACAUUCCAAUGAAUAGUACUCCUUUUUUUUUCUUUUUCUGUGUUCCUUCUCCUUCGCCUGCAUCUUCUAUUCCCUCUUUUCUUCUUUUGGUGUCUAAACCAGCUGUCUCUUUGAGCUAUAUUUAGAUGUUUUUUGUGUAUUGGAGAAUGUGGGACAACUUUCCAGCGAGGCAAGGCAGAAACAAAUUAAGACAAAACAUGAUUAAGAAGCCACUUCAGAAAUGUUUGGGAAAUGACAUUUCACUGCACUCAUUAAUUUUGUGUAUCCAUUAUUUUUCAUUGGUGCUGUAGCCAUUUUCAUUUACACGUAAUGACAUGGUUGAUUGGGGAAAUUUGAGUCACUCCUGCAAUAUCGUCGUUAUGGAUUCUCUUAAUAAUUCUGGUAUUGACUUAGUGGAUUAAAAUCAAGUUAAAGCCCAAAAGACAUUUCUUUUCCAUUUCAGACGUAAUAGAUUUUGGUGUCUCUGCAGUAAUGGUGUGCAAUGUCUGGUCUGAAUCAUCUGAAAUGUAUUUUUUUUUCUCCUCUUGAAAAGCUCUUUU